AGACUACAAGAGUGUUUGUGCAAUCGUGGUGAUAGUCAGAUAUCCGCCAGUUAUAGCCGUUAUUUCAGGGAGAAGGCUUCCAGAAGAGAGUUUGUUUGACAGAUUUGGAAGUCGGAAACAGUCUUGACACGGCGGUUUCCCCUUUUGCCCUUGAUCCAGUGCGACUUGUUGACCGCAAUCUCGCACGACGGCCACCAUCCCGCCAUCUUCGACCCACGACAUUCGACAACCUACUCCGACAACCAAUACAUAUCCCACGCACCGCUUGCAGUCCACUUUCUACACGACUGACUGCCGUUACGACACUUUCCGAAACGCGCGGCACUUUCAAGAUUUGCAGGUCGACAGCAGCCACGGCGCACAACAAGCACAACACCACCUGCGGCAUUUGCUAGCACAAUUCACUCCCCAACAUGGCCGCUGGCAUCUCCGGAGUAUGGCGCUCCUUCUGGCACACCAUGACGUCCAACGACCGACAUGCCUCGCCCGACAUGCCCUACCGCACCGGUGCUCACACUCCUCUCGCCCAGAGUCGGCACGCGCCCUUGACGUCGGUCGCUACCGCCGCCGAAUCUCGUACCGAUCUCAACAACCCCUACGCUCAGGACAAUGAUUUCAUGCCUACCAACGGUCGCAUGUCGCCCAAUGGUCCCUACUCUCCUGGCCUUCGCUCUACCAUGCAGCGCCAAUCCAGUUCGGGGAACCUCGAAGGCGUCGGCCAAGGCGAGAUCCAAAUGCAAAGCUUCUCAGAAGGCCUCCCUCCUCCGCCGCCCGUCGGUCACUCAUGGAGACGCAUUGAUACAUGGGCUGAGCACAACCACGAAGAGCUGUUCGAGAACUUGUGUGAAGGUUGCACUCAAAACGAUGUUAAUGAACUCGAACAUGAGCUCGACUGCACACUACCUAUGGAAAUGCGCGAAUCUCUCAUGAUCCACGACGGUCAAGAGCGCGGUGGUAGACCCACCGGUAUCCUCUUUGGCUGCAUGUUGCUCGAUUGCGAGGAGAUUGUUCAAGAGUGGAAACAGUGGGCUCGCGUUGGCGACGACUACCUCCGUGCUUCGUCUGCUCCUCACACUGCCCCGCAGGUCCCCAACAAGGCUUUCGCCGGUUCUUCUACUCAGCCCUCUGCUCCUCAAUCCGCUCAAGGCGCCGGCUGGCGUUCGGAGCUCAUGUCAAAACAAGACUCUCACCCGCCAAACGCCGUACAAAAAGCCUACGUUCACCCCGGCUGGAUUCCCGUCGCAAGAGAUUGGGGCGGUAACAACAUCUGCAUUGAUCUGGCUCCCGGUCCCGCUGGAAAGUGGGGUCAGGUUAUUCUGGCCGGUCGCGACUACGACUGCAAGUAUGUCGUCGCUCGUUCGUGGUCUGCCUUCUUGGCCAGCGUCGCCGACGACUUGAGUACUCCCAAGGCUAUUGUCGACGAGGACAGCGGUGAACUCACCCUCCGCGAAUUCAAGAACCAAAAUGUCGACCCUUCGUACAUGGAUAUCCUGCGCUGGCGCACCGACCAAAAGUACGGCCGCCGCACUCCCAAGGGCCAGCGUCCUCAGCAACCCCUCCGCAUCAACAGCAACGUCAAGAAUGAAUUCAGCAGUCUCAACGGUUUCUCUCCCUAUGCUUCUCCCACCGGCAGCGACCGUGGCCGCAGUCCUCAGCGCUUCUCAAGCAACGGCAAGGCCCCUGCCACACAAAGCCCCCGAGGCCACGUAAGCAGCCCGCUCGCGCGCGUCGCCGAAGAGGCCGGUCCCACCCUCAAGACCGACAAUCUGGACGCCGUACUCACCACUUCGAAGAGCAACGACAAUCUUCUGAGCAUGGACUCGCCGCUCCCUCCUACCAUCGAGACCUUCGCCGAUCAAGACCGCAAGGACGAGAAAGAGAAGGCUGAUUCGGCCAUCACAUCCUCAGAAGAGGCGACAAAAGGUGGCGCUACCUCAGCAGACACCGAAGAGAUGAAGACUGUCGAGAUCUAGUCUGUCACGACGUCUAGAUAGAAUAGGAGCAACACAAUACAGUCCUCGGCCCAUCUAUCGAGGCGCGGACCAAUCACCACAGACUUCGCCUCUUUUGGCCUCCACCAGUCUUUUUACUGUACCUUUUAGACAGCUCUCCAUUUUCGUUUUCAGUGUUUGCUUUUGGUUUGCAAUUGGGUUUGUUUUUCUGCAAGAAGUGGACAUUAGGAUCAUCCCGCACUACCUGGAGCGAGCCUCAUCAUCUAUUGUUUCGGGCAAAGAAAGAGGACACAAGGCGUUUUCAUGGUGUAAUACUCGUUUUUUCUUUCUCUUUCUUACUAUCAAUCCCAACCCAAAUCAUCCAAGAGAGCAUGGAAGGGACAGUUAUAUUGUUCGGCAGCGGGAAUACUUCAAUUGCAACAACGAACACAAGGAACACCACAAACACAAAAAUGAUAUUUUACAUAUUUUACCCUUU